AUGCAGUCUGUGCACCCAGAUUCUUGUACAGCAAAGCCGCGUCCAUCGCCCUUGUGCGAGGUAGGACAUGAGAUCGAUGGAGAAAACCCCAAGAGCCUGAAUCCAAAUCAAUUACAAAAACAAGAAGUUGAUCAAGAAAUACAACCAAUCGACGAUGAACUGGUGCCCGUCUAUAGUGUCCUGCCAACUGGCGAAAAGGCCUUCGUUAUCAUGGCGGGAUCUUUUGCGGCCCUAAUUUCACCUCUUUCCAGCAGUAUUUAUCUGCCGGCGCUCCCAUCCCUGGCUAGCGACAUGAAAGUUUCUGUGUCGCUGAUAAACUUGACUAUCACCACAUACCUGAUAUUCCAAGGACUGGCACCUUCUUUCAUUGGCAGCUUUUCUGAUAUCCAUGGGCGCCGUCCUGCAUAUAUCAUUGCAUUUGUCAUUUAUCUCGGAGCUAAUAUCGGCCUCGCUUUGCAAAAUAACUUCGCGGCUUUGAUUAUUUUGCGUUGCUUACAAUCAUCGGGAAGUAGUGGCACCAUUGUAUUGGGCACCGCAGUGGUAUCCGAUCUCUCGACCCGCGCUGAGCGAGGAAAGUACAUUGGAUACGCUGGAAUUGGAAUCGCCCUAGGACCGACGCUUGGCCCCGUUAUCGGUGGGCUGUUGGACCAUUUUCUGGGCUGGCGAUCAAUAUUUUGGUUCCUGGUCAUCCUAUCGGGCGUUUGCUUUGUCGUGAUCCUCUUUGUCUUCCCUGAGACAUGUCGAGCUGUCGUGGGCAAUGGGUCAGUGCCGCCGGCAUCGUGGAAUCGCCCACUGUGGACGUUAUUCGUACGAAAAUCACGAUUCCAUAACGAACAAGCGACCCCCGAUCACUCUACCAUCCAGGAACUGAAGCAGCGCCCAAACCCGUUUUCAGCUCUCUUGAUAGCUACACAGAAAGAGAUGGGGUUGGUUCUCUUGUAUGGAUGCUUUUUGUACGCAGGCUACAUGACAGUUCUCAGCACUUUGUCGACCGAGCUGGAGGGACGAUUUGGAUUCAACUCUAUCCAAAUUGGACUGUGUUAUCUUCCCAUGGGCAUCGGAAGCACAAGCUCGCGCUGGGUAGUUGGUCGACUUUUGGACUGGAAUUUCCGCCGCGAGGCACUGUUGCAGGGAAUGGCCAUUCAAAAGAACCGACAGCAGGAAAUCGAAAAAUUCAACAUUGAACGAGCACGCCUGGCAAUCACUCUCCCAUUGAUAUACUUGGCCAGUCUUUGCAUUUUAGCGUACGGCUGGGUGAUGCAAUAUCGCACUGCACUGACUGGCCCCCUUGUGAUGUUGUUCUUCACUGGUCUUACAACCACAAGUGCAUUCAAUACCUUGACUACUUUGGUUAUCGAUAUCAACUACCAAAACACCGCCACUGCUGCGGCAGCGAAUAAUUUAUUCCGCUGUCUUAUGGGCGCUGGAGCCACGGCUAUUGCGUCACCCCUCAUCAAAUCCAUCGGCAUUGGAUGGACAGCUACAUUCAUCGCUGGCCUUUGGGUAUUGGGUAGUCCUGCUUUAUGGGUUGUUUUCUACCGGGGGUACCGCUGGAGAAGGGAACUCUCCCACAACCGCGAGGAAGAAUCCCAAAAUCCGUCUGAUUUGUGA